AUGGCGAAACCGCGUGUUCGAUUUUUGGAACAUGUGGCCUUCAUUUCUGCUCCAGACUAUAAGCGAAAAAUUAAGGUGCCUUGGGACAAUUUGACCAACGAAGAAAAAUGCAUCGCGAAACUAGAACUCAACUUUUUCAAAGCCACCGAAAUGAUUGUUCACCCGAAGAGUCAGUCGAAUACGUCUAUGAUCUUCAUCGAACCCGCAGUCCUCCAAAAAAUGGCGAAAUUCAAGAAGAAAUACAAGCAAAUGAUUCAACAACUACCCGUUUCUACUCCAUGA